ACAAUGGACCGCCAUUAAUACUCACACAAGAAAAGCUUUCAUAACCUUUCUAUAAAUACCAAAGCUGCUGCUUCUUCCAAACAAGUAAACCUGUCAGAUUUCCCAUUAACUUUUCAUCUCAAAUUCUCCGGCCGCCGUGUACUGCUUGUUUUUUCCUUUGAAAUGGAAGGUUCCAUUAGCCGCCGGCGAGUCGCUGCCUGCACAGAAACCGCCUGGUGCCGCGCCGUCCCGGGCGGAACCGGCACGGCGGUGAUAGCUCUAUCCUCCUCCGACGUCCCAAAUCUCCAACUUCUCCAAAAUGCCCUUCAGGAACUCCAAAAUUCCCACCCUAUCCUCAAAUCCAAACUCCACUUCAAUCCCAUUUCUUCCACUUUCUCCUUCCUCACUUCACCGACUCCUUUCGUUCAAAUCAAGACGUAUGAACUUCCAGAAACUUCUAAAAUCCUAAAUGACCAAAAUGUCCUCAACUACCACAAAACCCCUCACGACAUUUCCAUUUCCCCUCUCCAGAUUAUCCUCGAACACGAACUCAACGAGAACUCCCCUUGGCAGACCCUACACUACUCCGACACGGCGGCGGCUUCCUCGGCGGACAUGUUGUUUGUUAGCUUGUACGAGGUUGGCUCAGGUAAAUGGAUCGUCGUGUUCCGGCUCCACGUGGCAGCGUGUGACCGGACCACAGCGGUGUCGUUGCUGGAGGAGCUGCUCCUUUUGAUGAACGGCGGCGGCGUAGAUAAAACAGGGGAAGUGGAGCUGGGCAUGGAGGAUCUUGUUCCUAGAAUGUUGGCGAAGAAAUCAAUGUUAUCCCGAGGACUGAAUGUGAUCAGCUACUCCGUUAACUCUUUGAGAUUAACGAAUCUGAAAUUCAAAGACGUAAAGUCCGCGAGACGAUCGCAGGUGGCGCGGCUCCAGAUGAACCGGACUGAAACCCACAAGAUUCUCUCUGAAUGCAAGUCGAGAGGGAUAAAGUUGAGUUCGGUAAUGGUGGCGGCGGGGCUGGUGGCGACGCAUAGCUCCGGCAGCCAUGGGUUGGACCGGCAUCAACGGAAGUACGGAAUCAUAACGCUGAUAGAUUGCCGGCGGUUUCUGGAGCCUCCGCUGAGAUCCAACCAUUUCGGAUUUUACCAUGCUGCCAUCUUGAACUCUUACACUAUAAGAGGAGGAGAAGAGCUGUGGGAGCUAGCAAAGAAAAUCUCGACGACAUUGGAGGCUUCCAAGAACUCAAACAAGCACUUCACCGACAUGUCGGACCUAAACUUUCUGUUAUGUCGUGCCGUCGAGAACCCAAGCCUCACAGAAUCAGGAGCAAUGAGGACAUCGCUAAUGACGGUGUUUGAAGAUACGGUGGUGGACAAUUCAGGUGCAAUGCAGGCUGAGAUCGGCGUCAAGGACUACAUAGGCUGUGCCUCUACCCACGGCAUUGGCCCGUCCGUCGCCGUGUUCGACACGAUUAGAGACGGGCGGCUCGACUGCGCGUGUGUUUAUCCAGCUCCGUUGCACUCCCGGGAGCAAAUGGAAGCUCUGGUUGAUAACAUGAAGGCUCUUCUCGUUAAGGGAUGAAGGAUGGUUUGCUUUUAUUGCGAAAGAAAAUAAAUUAUAAUACUAUUUUACUUUUUUUUUUUAUGGUAUUUCUAAACUUAUUAUAGUGAAAUUAAGUAAUUUAAUGAGUUAAAUUAC